GGUUUAAGUUGGCGUUGUGAAGUUUUUUUUUUCUUCGUCAACGGGAAGAAAGACAUAUUCGAAAAUGGAUAGCAAAAUUUCAAUCCGAGUGAAAAAACUCAUUCCAGCAGUCUUGGGAGCUUGGAUUUGUAAGUGUUGAAGCAAGUAUUAGCGGACCUCCCUUGUGUCUGUCCCCAAGUUUUUUGUGUGUGAAUGCCAAUGUAAAUAAAUCCAAUGUGCUCUACAAGAUGUCCAAACAAAGUUUAAUUUGUUUAUAUCAAAACUAUGUUUAAAUCCUGAAGCUAGAAAUUUUGUAUUUCUCCAAACUUAUCGUCAGAAAAUGAGUCAUAUACUUCGAGCAACACCUGAUAUAUCCUUAUUUAAAGAUGAUGAAAUACCUCCUCACUUACGAGAAGUUGCCAUUCUCACAGGUUACCGUUCUCCUUCUAGUUCUGUAAAAGAUUGUGCUCUAAGUGUGUUUGUAGCAUCAAAUGAAACACUAAACUUUUGGACACAUUUUAUUCCUACUUUUUAUUUUAUAUACCAACUACUGACGUUUUGGGAUAUUUUAAAAGUCAUCACAGACCCAUACUACUGGCCAUUUGUGAUUUACAUGUUUACAAUAUGUUUGUAUCCUUUAAUAAGUGCUUUAGCCCACACAUUCUGCAGCACAUCAGACAUGGCUCGCCAUGUGUGGUUUUUCCUCGACUACGGAGGUCUGAGCUUAUACGGGUAUGGAGCUGGAAUUCUGAUCAAGGCCUAUGCUUUUCCUGAAGAACUACAAGACAGCAUCUUUGGCAUGUUUUUUAUGGAAGUUUUGGUGUUUUUAUGUAUUACAUGCUCAACAUCAGCAUGCUUCUCCCGCUUCCUGACAAGUUUAUUUUGGAUUAAGAUAUUCCGCCUCGGAGCAUUUGCUUUGCCAUGGGUGUGGGACAGCAUACCUGUAAUAUAUCGAUUAUCUCAUAGCAAGGAUCUACUUCCGGAAGCAUCGGAGCACUACAGCUUGCAGUUUUUCUUCUCAUUUUGCAUUGGAUUUUUUUAUGCCUCUCAUCUGCCUGAAAGACUUGCUCCUGGUAAGUUUGACUUUUUGGGCAACAGUCAUCAAUUGCUUCACAUUUCAGGUAUUUUAGCUACUCACCAUCAAAUGAGUGCUGCAAUCAUAGACAUGAGUACAAGACGAGAGUUCAUGCAAUCUAAAUAUCCACUGCCUGAGUACUGGUCAGUUCAUGUGUUUUUAUUAGUACUUUUUAGUAUAUCAGUGACUAUUGUAAUUUUUAUUCUGUGGGCAAGACAUUAUGAAAAAGCCCAAGAAGCGAAAAGACAAACUUAGUACUUUUCAAUAUUUUGUAUUAAAAAACAAUUGUAAAUACAUACAACACAGGGUUGCUGCUGAGUCUCAUUCAACAUAUAUUUUUUAUGCUUCUACAAUGACACAAGCGUAUUAUAAACCUGAGCUCUUUUAGGCAAAAUGGUGUCCAAAAUUUAAAAUAGUUGUCGAAUGUUUUUAACUUCAUGAAAAUAUAUAUUGUACAAAGCAUGUGAUAAACUCUUCAAAAUAAUACAAUAAAUAUUAAAUUAAAUGGGUAAAUCAUUAAUUUGUUACAGUUUUAAGACUAUUUGUAAGAUUUUAUCCAUAUGUAAUUAUUUUAAUACUUCAUUUAUAUCAAUUAAAAUUUUAAUAAAUAUUAGGUAAUGUUAGUAAUAUAGAAUUUUAAAAGUGCCAAGUAGAAAAUGAGUGCAUCCAGUUGUAAAAGCAGUUUUUGGUAUCCUGGAAAGAACUAAACAUUGUUCUGGAAACACUUAUUUUAUAUUUGAUCUUUGAUAUACUCCCUACCAAAGUAAACUGAUUACUUCCCUUUAAUCAUUUUUAGUACAAUAACCCUCUUGUAUUGCUUGGUUCUGUUGUGAGCCCCCUCCCCCUUUCUUUAAUUUCCUUUUCACCACUUUACUUUCAAAAUUUAGUUUUAUUGGAAUGAGUUGGAACAUACAAAGUUAGCUGUGCAUAAGAUCAGACUGGCUGAACUACGGGCAACAAUCCUCAUAUAUAUUAUAGCCAAAAUCACUGAUCAAAUAGUGCUCUGACGCCAACAACAAUGAAACUUACGCCAAAACAUGCGUGACUGCAUUUUUUUCAUUGUUGAAUUACCAAAAAUUCAGUAAGUUAUUUAUAAUUUAAUAUAUUUUGGCAAUGCUUGACAUGCAAGGGAAAUGCUUUAUUUUGACAAAGCUGAACUAGAUCCCCAACUUAACUGUUUUACUGGUUUAGAAUAGUGAAAAAAUGAAGAAGUGGUUAAUCCACUGGAGCCAGGGUUAAAAUAACAACUAUCAAAAUAUCAAACAGAAAAUUGCUUUGUUCUAAUCUAGAAGAAUUUUUCACCCAUCAUUCCUUGACAGGUGAUUUUCAAGUUAUUAAAUUAGAAAGGAAGAAUUAAGUAGAAAGUUAUUUAGGACCCAAGUUUACCUGUCCGGCAGAAUAUAUGGGCUUCAACUUUUCAAUUUUGGGGGAUGAUGGGUUAGCAUGUCACUGGCAACCCCAAACAUAACUAAAUCUCUGUAUAUUCAUGUAUUUCACUGCAACAUUAUCAAGAACUUUUGUAGGGCCUGUUUUAAAACUAAAAACUGAUCCUUUACCAAAUUACUCAAAAUACAGCAUAAUUUAUCAGAAACAAAUACUCAGAUUUAAUGUACAAAUUUAGUUGUUAUUUCCAUGCAAGGAAUUUUAUAAUUAGUAAUAAAAAUCCAUAAAAUAACAAAUACAUAUGCAAGAUAACACAUGUUAAAAAUACAUAUAUUUUAAAAAUCAAAAUUGAGAAGGAAAAAUGUGUAUUUGUAUUCCUUUACUCUUAGGGUAUUGAACUUUUUGGUAUGGAAUUUUACAUCUAGGUUCGAAAACUAGGGAAUCAAAAUGGAAUACUUGGUUGCAACGUUAAACUAAUGACCAAUUAUUUCUAAUUAUGAUUAUUAGGCUAUUAAAAUUUUUCCCCAACUUCAUUUAUAUAUAUUCAAAGAAUAUUCAAUAUAGAAACAUAUACGCAUGUGUGUAUAAAUUUCUGUAAUUUGUAUAUAUGUUAUAUAUUUAUGCACCUAUUUUUUAAUAUAUAUUUCAGUACAAAGCAGUUUAAAAUUAUGUUGUGUUUUUAUAAAAUUUUGUUUGUUAAUUCUGUAUGUGUUUAAUUUUCUUCGUUCAACAAUUGUUAUUUACUGUUACUUGUUGUUACAGCAUUUGUUAAAAUUAUAGAUAAAGAUUUGUAUCAAUUUCAAACAAACUGGUGAAAGAGCUUUACCUGAAAAAAAGUAAUAUUAUAUCCUUGAUUUUUUUUUUUUUGGUUUAAGGUUAUAAGAGAUUAUAUUUGAAGCACUUAAUGUAAAAUAUAUAUAUAUAUCUUAUGAGUGAAUGUAGUUAAUUUGCUUUAACUAUGUAACUACAAUAAAUUUUACUUAAAGCUAUUUGUAAACCUUGAUUAUGUGCAGGAAUAUUUUUCCUUUCAAAUUAACUAUGAAUCUAAAAGUCAAGAACUUUAGAAAAAGUAGUAUAGUCUUGCUUUUUAUUGGAAAUUCCAAAAUUUUAAUAAUUUACUUUGACCUAAAAUGACUUAUUUGCUGUUUUCCAAUAAACAUUCAUGUAUUUUCUUACUAUAUUAUGUUUGUAUUUUAGUGUUACUGAAUGUUUUAUAACUUUUUAAAAUAAAAAUGGAAGCAUACUUGUUUUGUCAACAUAGAUGCUCAAAAAAGAAAACUUCCAAAUAUUGUGAAAAAUUGUUAUUAGUGAACUUAUUUUCACUAAUAACAGAAAAACAAAUUACUAACAUUUUUUUUUAUCACAACAGAUGUAGUUCGUUAACAUUUUUUUAAAAGUAAUAUCUUUUUUAAAUUGAAAUAAUAUAAAUAGAAAAUGUUUUAUCUGUUUAGGUCUUUUGUUGAAAGUAAAUAAAUGCAUGUCUGCUUAACAUCCUAUAUUUAUCUUCAUUUCGGACAAUUAUUAAUUUAAAUGAAUAAAAAUAAAGUAAAACAUACCAAAAGCAAUUUAAUAAAAUAAAUGACUAAUUUGUUUAAUUUUUAUCUGCAAAAUUCUGUAUAUAAUGAUAAUUUCUUUCCUGAUAUAUGAUAUGGUAACCAUAGGUAGAUAAUAUAGACGUGCACGCUGUGCAAGAAUACAUCUGCUACAAUGCAGGUACAUUUGCCUUAGAUAUGUGCAUUGCCGGAUAUUAAACAUUGAUUAUUUUCAAAAUAGGUAGACAAAGUAAUGAAAAAGUUCACCUUUUGCUGCCAUGGAUACAUGAUUGAAAGCAAAGGCAUUGUAUAAAUAAAAAUUUUGCCUAUUAACUGUUUAUUUUUUUUCAUAGCCGCAAAUAGUUUUAGAGUGCAGUUAUUACAUAUUUUUAUCUUACUAUGAUGGUAACUGAUAAUAAUGGUAAAUUAUGUUAUGGAUAAGGAAUCACACUUUAACCCACACAAAUACAAACCCAAAUUGUUUAAAUUAUUAUUACAAAUUAGUUUAUUCAAGUCUCACCAGCACCUUAAUAAAUAAUUUUAUGAAAUUUGAAACUGAGAUUUCUUGUCGACCUUGAUUUUUAUGCACAUACAGUAAACGUGAGCUGAAAUUUUAUUGAUUGAGCACAGUAGAUUUUGCACAGUAACUAUUGAAAAUGCCUAAUAUUUGAAGUCUUAGAGUUACAAUUUCAGAAUAAUGUUGAAAUCCAUUUUUUUUUCUUCUGUUUUUGGAAAAACUCAAUGCAAGUUAUAAGCUGAUAACACGGUUCCCACAAACAAACACACAUCCCAAAAUAUAACUUUUUUCUUUUUAAAUUUUUUUCACAUUAAGAAAUUAUAACUUUUAAUUCAGUGGCUGAUAAAAAAAAUUCAUGGUGCUUGCAUUUUUAUAUUGUUUUGCAUAUUCGUUAGAUGUAAUGACUGCAUGCAAGAAAGUAAAGGAUACAAUGUAUAAUUAUAUUACUUUCCAAAACAGUAAAAAUGUCAGUUUUCUGCAAGUUUACUCGAAAUGUCGUUCAUAUUUGAACAGAUACCUCAUUUUGCAUAGCCCUUAAUUUCAUGAGUAUUUUGAAAUCAAUGCCAUGCUUAUUUUUUCCUGAUCUCUUACAAACUACUUAUGUUUGUAAUGCAAGUAUCAGUAUUUUUAAAACAGAAGUUUCCAUGAAAAGUAAGUCCUGUUAAAGAAUUUUAUAAGUUACAUUUAAUUUUUGGUAUCAAUUCCUCCCAUUUCAGAAAAAUUUUAACGGCAUAUUAAAACCCAGGGAUUUUUCAUCCGCUGGUCUGGUGGAAGGGCUUCAGUCUGUGAAAAACUUGGACUAGUUCUCAUAUUAUUUCCUGAAGGUUAGAAACACUGGAGUGCACUUUCAUUUAUAAUCUGUUACAUCUUGCUUUUCUAUUUAGUGAAAUGGUUUUAGCUAUUUUUUACCACAUUCUAAUUUUUUAAAGGGUUUUUUCCCCCCUUACAGAUAAUUCAAGUAAUUGUUUGUCCUUUUAAAUAUUGUAAUUAAGUGAUGAUAAAUGUUACUCAUGACUCAUUUUUGUAAGAAAACAAUCCUGAUCUGCAGAGGAUGCAGAUCAGGAUUGUUUUCUGCUGAUGCCAAAAAGAAAAAAGUAAGCUGAGAAAUAUUAACCAACUUAUGCUUACCUAUGCUUAAUUUUUAUUAUUUAACCUUUUACUUAAUGAUCUUAACUAUAUUUAUUUUUCGCCAUUUUUUUUGGCAGAAAAAACUGUAGGAAUGAAAUGAAAAAUGAAAUAAAAUAAUAAAGUUAAAUAUAAGUUUUGUUUCUGGAACACGAGGAAAUGAUAAUGUAAAAAUGCUAUUUAAUCUCCCCUAAGUUUUUCUUAGAAUUUUUAGAGAUUCAAAAUUAAAGACAUAGUAGAUAAAUGGGAAUAGUUAUAAAGGUUUAAAUCUUGAUUGUUAAGUAUAAGGAACAUUGAAAAAGCAGUUCAUUUUUUGAGAGAUGUUUUAAAACAUGUUUGUUACAGCAAUUACUUCCUACGCAGGAAACCAUUUUGUAAUAAAAGUAAUUUGGAAUAUGCAUGUGCUUGCUAGUAUGUAUAUAUGUUUAAUACUCAAAAGAAUUUUAAAGUGUUUAAAAGAAAAUAGAUUAGCAGUUUAUCAGUAACUAUAAAAUUGUGCCAUAUGAGCGAAUGUCUUGCAUUACCAUAAUUUGUUACCUUUCAUAUCAUAUUUUGAAUUGUAUUACAUUUUUGAUGUUUGAUUAAAAUUUUAACACAACUCCUUGGUAGGUUGUUUCUUUUCCCCGAUUUUGACUUGUGUUACAUAUACAAUUAAAUCUAGUUUUAGAGAAGUACAUUACGACGAAAAUUUCAUUUUAGAAAAUAAUCCUAAACUUAAAUUACAUGUAAAGGGUGUCCCAAA